UCAGUUGACAACAUAACAAAACAACCACAGAACGAAGUGAACGAACGGAACGAACAGAAGAAUGGCCGAGUCGGACUUGCUGUCUUCGUCGACGCUGGAGGCGAACACGACGGAGCCCGUGGGGGCCGGGGCCCGAACCCCGGCAACUCUUGAAGGGGCCGCCGUGGCCUACGGAAGUUUGGUGGUGAUGGCCCUGCUCCCGAUCUUCUUCGGUGCAUUCCGCUCCGUCAAGCACCACAAGGAACAGCGGGACUCUGGUGAAACGCCGGACAUUAUGUCCCAUCGUGACGCAGCACUGUUUCCAAUCGUCGCCAGUGCCGCCCUGUUCGGCCUUUACAUCUUCUUCCAAAUUUUCUCUAAGGAGUACAUCAACCUUCUCCUCACCGGCUACUUCUUUUUCCUUGGAGUGCUCGCCCUGUGCCAUUUGCUCAGUCCCAUCAUCAGUUCAUUGGUGCCAGCAGCCAUUCCAAAUGUGCAGUAUAGGGUACAGAUGACCAGGCUUCAGGGUAGUGGUAUCUCCUCUGCUGAUGAAGACCUUAUCAACUACCAAUUCAGCACCCAUGAUCUAGUUUGUCUGCUCUUCUGCACAGUCAUUGGAGUGUGGUAUCUGAUGAAAAAGCACUGGAUCGCCAACAAUCUGCUGGGGCUGGCGUUUGCAGUGAAUGGUGUCGAGCUUCUGGCUCUCAACAAUGUGGCCACAGGAGUCACCUUGCUUGGUGGCCUCUUUGUUUACGACGUCUUCUGGGUCUUCGGUACUGAUGUCAUGGUCACAGUUGCCAAAAGCUUUGAAGCGCCUAUCAAAUUGGUGUUCCCACAAGACAUUUUGGAGAACGGUCUCGCAGCCAACAAUUUUGCCAUGCUGGGACUCGGCGACAUCGUCAUUCCAGGCAUUUUCAUUGCCCUGCUCCUCAGAUUUGACUACAGCCGAUCUCCAGGAAAGUCGCACUUGUACUUCGCCACAAGCUUCCUGGCCUACAUCCUGGGAAUGGCGGCCACAAUUUUUAUAAUGCACGUAUCUAAGCAUGCACAGCCAGCCCUGCUCUACUUGGUGCCAGCAUGUGUUGGCGCCACACUCGGACUGGCUGUCCUUCGAGGAGAAACCAAAAUUCUCUUCCAAUACGAGGACUCCCCUUCAAAAGAGGUAACAGAAGGCGAUAACAAGGCAGACAAGAAAGAAAAGUGAAUCCUGAACAAUCUUAUGGACUUGUUAGAACUAUGAAUGAAUGUUUUGCUGCGCUGUGUAAAUAUCCAGUCUGUUUUUUGUUUUGUUGGCGACAUCUCUUUUUACUGCAUUAUUUGUUCAUCGCAGAACCAAGUUCUGACUUACAAAAUUUUAUUCAAAAAGAUUCCUACCUAAAUGAACUGCACAAGAUGCACCUUAAGAGUGUUUCAAAUUCCAUUGACCGACAGUAUAUUCGUCAGCCGCGAUCAACUAAAUGCACAUUUCCGUCUAAUACCUUAACAGUUCAUUUCCCCCAUAAGAGAAAAAUGCUUCUAUUUUUUAUUUCAAUAAAUGUUAUGAGCUGAAUGUCAA